AUGUAUUGGAACCUGGCGACCCUUCCCUGGACGGGCAUUUAUCGAGUAACCGAUAUCACCGUUCCUCAUGCCGUCAUAGCUAACUGCUCAACGCCUCAUGCUAACCCGUUUAGAGUACAACUGAAUCAAAUUAAGAAAUACGUUAAUAUUGAGGACUCGGUGUGCACUCUACCCACAAUAGGGGAAGAGGAGCGUAGCAAACUGAGAGACGCGAACGCGGAAGAGCAGACGAAUCUCCCGGGAAGCGCUCACAUGCAACAGCCCCCGGAUCAGUCGAGCGCCGCGAGUCAGGCGGGCGGAAGCAAUCCGUGGGACUAG